AUGGCCCAGGCACUCCCUCCAGGCGUCCGCAUUCACAAUGACCCAAGCUCCCCUAAGCGCCGCUCCCUCCGCGCGACCCGGGCCUUCAGCCCGGGCAGCACCAUAGCAACCUUUUCCAACCCCCUCCUGGCCCUGCCGGACGGCGCGACCAUGCGCACGACCUGCAAUUACUGCCUCCGCACCACAGCCCCGAGCCCGAGCCCGAGCCAGUCCGCGGCAACCCCUCCGGCCUUCAAGGCGUGCACGGCCUGCAAGGCGGCCGUCUACUGCGGGCCGGCGUGCCAGCGCGCCCACUGGAAGGCGGCGCACAAGGCCGAGUGCAAGAUGUUUGCGCGGGUGCGCGAGCAGGCCGGCAAGGACUGGCUGCCGACGCCGGUGAGGGCCGUGGCGCAGGUGCUGCUGACCCUCCAGCAGGGCAAGAGCGGCGGCGGCGGCCGGGAGGCCGAGAUGAGGCGGGCCUUCAUCGGUAGCGCGGACGGGGAGGAGGAGGACGGUCUGGAGGGGAACGUGGAGGGGUUCAAGAAGGACGGGGAGGUCUGGAAGGACAUGGAGCUGCAGGCUACGGCGGCGGUGGUGUACGCCGGCUUGCUGCAGGGGGAGGAGGUGCUGGAGAAGGCGAGGGAGAUUUUAUGCAAGAUACAAACAAAUGCCUUUAACCGCUUGGACGCGGACACGGGUAUGGCCGGGAUCUUCCUCGAUGUCGGGUUGGCCAUGGUCAACCACUCGUGCGUGCCAAACGCUUUCAUAGGGUUUGAUAAGAGGACGGCCAUUUUGAGGGCGGAGAGGCCGAUUCAAGAAGGCGAGGAGAUCACCAUCUCAUACAUUGACAACACCCUGCCCAAGGCGGCGCGAUACGAGGCACUCAGGCUGUACCACUUCCAAUGCGACUGCGUCCGCUGCAAGGACGACCUUGACGUCUAUGAGGUGUGCCAGUCAUCCCCCGUCAUUCCCCUCAACUCCUUCAGCCUCCAUCCGGACCUUGCAAAAUUGCGAGAUCCACCUGGCGAUCGGGCGAAGGUGUCCAAGGCAGAGAUGGAGGUUAUCCACAAGAAAUGGCAGGCUCUUGCCAAGCCGGACGGCGAUGACGAGGAAAGCCAUUUGAAGCUGGCCCGGGAGCGGUGGAAGGUGUGCCGGCCGCUGAUCGAGGCCAGAAUGUGGGCCGCAGAGCCGUUGCCCACAACGAUUCUGCAGCUGGCCACAACCUGGCAAACUAGCUACAAGAAGGUCGUCUACGCCCUACCGCUGUUCUGUUUCCUCAGCACCGAGUGCGACCCCUACAAGUUCGUAGCGCCAUUCAUGCCGUGGAGGAUCAAGAACAUCGUGGCCGUCGUGAAGUUGCUCGCCGUGACUGGCGAGUUGACGGCGAGCGGUGCGUUAGCAACACGGUGUUCUCAUGAAGCCCUGGUGGGAACCCUGGCAACGGCAGAUCAGGUCAGCAUAUGCGAAGCCCUUCUCCGCCUCGCCGUCCACCAUGGCGCUAGCAGCGUGUCAGACGAUUGGGAGGUGUUCACCCAAGCAAAGUCGAUGCUGGAAGACGUCGAGAGCCUGGAGGGCCGUGAGCAAGAGUCAAACAUGCUUCGAACUUGGGUAGAGGACCCCGAGGACCCUAGAGGCGCUGCCUUCUUUGAGAAUCAAGUGCUCCGGCCCAUCCAGACGCUUUCAACCUUUGCGGUUGAGAUUCUCGAGUCAACGCUUGACGGAGGGAGCCUUGUGAAGAAAUAG